UUUUGGCAGCAAGAACAAUUGUCUGUUUGCACCAGAUCACCCAGCCUUCGUUUCUGUUUAAAAGCGUGUUAAUAUUUUGAAGGGCUGAUCGGGAAAGAAAAUACGGAGAAGGAACCGACUCCCCACCUCCCGGUCUGGCUUUGAGUAGCGGAGUUCCUCGCGAGGCCGCAGUUUGCAACCGCGCACGAUUGCCAAUUCGAGUUAGUUUGGGGUCCAAGAAGGAUACCCAGCGUUGGAACCGACUGCGCCGGCCUUCGCUGGGCAGAACCUUUUCGACUGAUCUCACGCUUCUCCGCCUCUUCCUCUCUCCCGUUUGCUCUGCCUUAUCAAUCGCCCUGUAAUCCCCUUUGAAUCAACCUGCCCUCGACGAGAGGCACAAAGGCAUUGUUCCUGCGGGCCCUCUGGCGAGUGGCUUCAGACAACCCGGGGGGGGGCGUGCUUUGGGGAGGGGGGGCUUCUCGGAGAGGUUUGUUCUCUCCAUCCCCAUGAACAUACAAAGGUCAACCCCCAUCACAAUCGCACGCUAUGGCAGACCUCGGAAUAAAACCCAGGAUUUUGAAGAGCUCACGUCUAUAAGACCCACCGAGUCCAGCCAGAGUUUUAGCCCCAAUCUCGGCUCGCCAAGCCCGCCAGAGACUCCCAACUUGUCGCAUUGCGUUUCUUGCAUCGGGAAAUACUUAUUGUUGGAACCUCUGGAAGGAGACCACAGUUUCCGAGCCGUACAUCUGCACAGCGAGGAAGAACUGGUUUGCAAGGUGUUUGACAUUGGCUGCUACCAAGAGUUACUUGCACCAUGUUUUUGUCUGCCUCCCCACGAUAACAUCAACCAGAUUACUGAAAUAAUUCUUGGGGAGACGAAAGCGUAUGUGUUCUUUGAAAGGAGCUAUGGGGACAUGCAUUCCUUCGUCCGUACCUGCAAGAAGCUGAAGGAGGAGGAGGCAGCCAAGCUGUUCUAUCAGAUUGUGUCUGCCGUGGCACACUGUCAUGACGGCGGGCUGGUACUGCGGGAUCUCAAGCUGCGGAAAUUCAUUUUCAAGGACGAAGAGAGGACUAGAGUAAACCUGGAGAGCCUUGAAGAUGCUUACAUUUUGCGAGGAAACGAUGAUUCCCUUUCUGAUAAGCAUGGAUGCCCAGCCUAUGUGAGCCCAGAGAUCUUGAACACAAAUGGCAGCUACUCUGGCAAGGCAGCAGACGUGUGGAGUCUAGGAGUCAUGCUUUACACAAUGUUAGUUGGACGGUAUCCUUUUCAUGACAUUGAGCCUAGUUCUCUCUUCAGCAAGAUCCGCCGUGGGCAGUUCAGCAUUCCAGAGACUCUAUCUCCCAAGGCAAAAUGCCUUAUACGUAGCAUCCUGCGCCGGGAGCCCUCAGAAAGGCUGACUUCACAGGAAAUUCUGGACCAUCCUUGGUUUUCUACAGAUUUUAAUGUGUCUAAUUCAGGAUAUGGUGCUAAGGAAGUGACAGAUCAGCUGGUGCCUGAUGUCAAUAUGGAGGAGGACUUGGACCCGUUCUUUAAUUGAGCAUUAGGACUAGUGUUCGGAGAGUGUGUGGUCUUGGAAAGGACCGAUAUGAAGGGAGUCCUUUCUGAUCACGCAGAAUUAUAUCUGUGGCUCAGCCUGUCUUGAUAGCAAGGGGGGGGGAACACCUUGGCGUUAUUUUUUGUUGUUUGGUUGGAAAAGGACGUAUCCAAGAAAUGAGCUAGUUGAUGACAAUGUAGCAUGCAGCGGGAGGAAUCAUUGCUAUCAAGUUAGAUUGACAGGGCAAAAGAAGGCAGCAUGAAGCAGCUGUAGCUUCUCAUUUCCACGGAGCCAAGGACACUGCACAACCAAGUUCCCGUGCAGCCACUAAGCCACUCCUGAUUCUGUUUCAUUCAAAUACUUAACAGUUCCCAGUGAAUAGAAACUUUUGCCUCAACUUGCAUCUUGGCAUCGCACUGUUAGAUAUUUAACUUCAGCCAUUAUUCAGGGAAGGUACAAUUAGCUAUUAUUUGAUUCUGUUUUUUUCCCUAUUUUACUUUAAAAAAACGAAUAAACCGGUGUUAACAGUUAAUAUUGAAUUUAAUUUUCAGGGGGUGGGGUGGGACAUGCACAAACAAAGACAUGAGAAGUGGG